AGUUUGAGCUUAUGGGCGGGCCCAGGGAGACACUUCCGCCCCUCACCAACAUGGCCGCAGGCUGGAAGUGCGCAUGAGCAGCUGUCUAUGGCGAUACCCAGAUCGGGACAGGGAGAACACAGUUGGAGAAAAUCGGCGGCUGAGACGGCCUUGAGCGGACUUAGCACUGAGGCCUGUGAAUCAGGAGAUACCAACAGCUCCAAAAAAGGACCAGUUCCUCGGAUGUGCCCCCUCACAGAGAGAUGAAGGGGCAGCAGAAAACAGCUGAAACGGAAGAGGGGACAGUGCAGAUUCAGGAAGGUGCAGUGGCUACUGGGGAGGAUCCAACCAGUGUGGCUAUUGCCAGCAUCCAGUCAGCUGCCACCUUCCCUGACCCCAACGUCAAGUACGUCUUCCGAACUGAGAAUGGGGGCCAGGUGAUGUACAGGGUGAUCCAGGUGUCUGAAGGGCAGCUGGAUGGCCAGACUGAGGGCACUGGUGCCAUCAGUGGCUACCCUGCCACUCAAUCCAUGACCCAGGCAGUGAUCCAGGGUGCUUUCACCAGUGAUGAUGCAGUUGACACAGAGGGGACAGCUGCAGAGACGCACUAUACUUACUUCCCCAGCACGGCAGUGGGAGAUGGGGCAGGGGGUACCACAUCGGGGAGUACAGCUGCUGUUGUUACUACCCAGGGCUCAGAGGCACUGCUGGGGCAGGCGACCCCUCCUGGCACUGGUCAGUUUUUUGUAAUGAUGUCACCACAAGAAGUACUGCAGGGAGGAAGCCAGCGCUCAAUUGCCCCUAGGACUCACCCUUAUUCCCCGAAGUCAGAAGCUCCUCGGACAACUCGAGAUGAGAAACGCAGAGCUCAGCACAAUGAAGUGGAGCGCCGCCGCCGAGACAAGAUCAACAACUGGAUCGUGCAGCUCUCCAAGAUCAUCCCAGACUGCUCUAUGGAGAGCACCAAGUCUGGCCAGAGUAAAGGUGGGAUUCUAUCCAAAGCUUGUGAUUAUAUCCAGGAGCUUCGGCAGAGUAACCACCGCUUGUCUGAAGAGCUGCAGGGGCUCGACCAACUGCAGCUGGACAAUGACGUGCUUCGACAGCAGGUGGAAGAUCUUAAAAACAAGAAUCUGCUGCUGCGAGCUCAGUUGCGGCACCACGGAUUAGAGGUCGUCAUCAAGAAUGACAGCAACUAACUAUGGGGAUCCAGGGGCUUUGGGCCCAAGAACUGCAGAUAGCCCAGGAAGCAACAGCCUAAUCCCGUGCCCCUUUCCUUCACUGCCCACUUCUGGCAGGGGACUGGGGGGGGUUUCAGAAGGUGUGUCUUUGAACUGAGGCCCUGUGAUAUGGCAGCCUGCAGUGGUGUGAAACACACAAUGUGAACGUGCACUGACAGCCUUGCCCACCCCCACCACGCAGCCCCUGGGCCCUUGCGUUCCUCUCGCACAAUGCAUGUGCUGCCUCCAUGCUGGAUACUGGACACACUAAACUGGGGGGCUUGUCCUGUGCUUGCUUAGAGUGCCCAGCAGAGGUCUGCUGACGGGUGAUGCUCUGGCUUGCCCCAGGACUCUGGCACUUCCAUUGGUUCUUCCUUUCCCUGGAGCUGAGGUUUAGACAUGCACCCUGCUGCUCAGGGGAGCAAGCUUACACAAGAAAUGGGGGAAGGAUGUUUAGCAGUGGCUGGUGCCCAUGAAGAGGAGAUUGGCCAGCAAGAAGCUGAGGCCUGUGCAGACAUCUCUGGAGCCAGGGAGAACUACAGGCAGGGGCCCACUUGGGGCCUUCCCCCUUGUGGGGGUGAUUUUUUUUUUUCUUUUUUUUUUUUUUUAAAGAUAAAACUGUUCAAAGCCA